CAGGGCCGGGCCGCCCCGGGGCCGCCGCGGCCGCGGCCAUGUGGGCGCUGCGGGCGCUGUGCCUGGCCGGGCUGGGCGCGGCGCUCGGCGGCGCCUCUGCGGAUCCGUGCAGCUGGAGGGGCAGCGGGCUGUCGCAGGAGGCGGGCAGCGUGGAGCAGCUUUCCCUGCCCUGCGCCGAGGGCUCUCUGGAAUGGCUGUACCCCACGGGGGCCCUUCGCCUGCGCCUGGCUCCCCGCCUGCCCCCGGCCACCGCCGCCGCCACGGGCGGGAGCCCCCAGCACGUCACCGCCUGCGUGAAACCCGCGGGCACGUUCCGCGGGGCUCAGCUGUACCUGGAGCGGGACGGGGCGCUGGAGCUGCUGCUGCCCGAGGCGCCGCGGCCCCGCGUGAGCUGCUUCAGCUGGGCGCCCCAGGAGAAGGUGGCCCUGUUCCUGCAGGCCACCCCGCACCGCGACAUCAGCCGCCGCAUCGCCGCCUUCCGCUACGAGCUGCGGGGAGACUGGCUGGCCCGCCCCGCGCUGCCCGCCGCCAGCCUCACCGGGGAGGGGGCUUGCCGGCCGUGCAACGACACCGAGAUCCUGAUGGCCAUUUGCACUAGUGACUUUGUGAUCCGUGGUAGCAUUCGGAGCGUUUCCAACGAUGUGGAGCUGCAGGAAUCCAUCAUUGGGGUGAGCGCUGCCCGCAUCCACCGCCAGAAGUUUCCCCUGUUCCAGGCGGGGGGGAGGCCGGUGGGCAGCAUCCACACCCCACUGCGCUGUGGCGUCAGACCAGGCCCCGGCACCUUCCUCUUCACGGGGUGGCUGCACUUUGGUGAGGCCUGGCUGAGUUGUGCGCCACGGUACCGGGACUUCCAGCGCAUCUACCAUGGGGCACAACGUGCACACCAGAACCCCUGCGAGUUCCCCAUGGACUGAGUGGCUCGGGGGUGGGGAAGGACAGCUCGGCCCCACAGGUGCUGGGGGGUCCCACAGGCAGCAAGAGCAUCCCUGGGGUUGGAUGGUGCCUGGAGAGAGGAGCAGUGAUUUGGUCCUUGCCAUGCAGCUGGGCUCCAGCAGCAUCCACCGAUGGGCUGGGGGGGUCCCGAGAAAAUCCUGCUGGAAGGGAAGGGGUUUUCCCAGGGAACUGCCCAGAUGAGGGGUGCUGUGGUGUGGGGCGGGGGGGUAGGGGCUCCCAGGGGACUGGGGUGCUGCAGGCUCAGGGGAUGCUGUAGGUGGAGCACGAUGGGGGUGGCUGUUGUUCUCCCCAGGAGGGCACGGUAAUGGGUGGCCAUGGCAGUGGGUGCCACAGUGGGGUGUGGAAGGGCCAGGAGGUGAUUUGCAAUGUCAGGGGUGGAAGUGGGAGCAGGAUGGCAGUGAGCCUUACCAUGACCCUGCCUGCAGUGGAGGGCAUGGGCAGGGGCCAUGGGGUGGAUAAUGAGGAAGAGGAGUGAGGCUGAAGGAAGCGAGGGGAUGGCAAGGGGGGAGGAAGGCUGGUGCAGGACCAAAGCACCGAUGCAGGAAGGUGCCGUGGGGGUGGGUAGAGGUUGGGACAGGCCGGGACGUGCUGCCCAUCCUGCCACCGUGGCUUCGUGGUGUCUGCCGGGUCAUCCCGGUGGGUCACAGCCUGUCGGCCAGUGGGAGUGUUUUGACCGUGGGGGUGGGGGGGCAUUGUAUGUGCACUACAGUGAUAAUGAUACCAAAUGUGUGACCUUUUUGAUAAACUAAGCUGUCUUUGUAGAGCAUGUGUGUGAGACUCCUUGGUUUGUAGGCAGCUGAGCUGUGCCUUCCCAUGUGUCAGCUCCAGCCACUGACCCUGCCCUGGAAACAGCCCUACUCUCUAUAUAUCUCCCUCCAUAAAGUGAUAUAUUGUUGUUUCUGAGUGUUGCAUCCCUGGGAUGGGUCAUUUUGAGGUUCUUCUCCCUGGGUAUUGGCGGUGGCCCCAUGCCGGGGGGUGAGCAGCCACUGUCAGGGCUCAUUCUCAUCAGAGUCACCAGCCACAAGGCCUCAUUGUGCUGGGCUGCACCGUGCUGGUGUCCCAGCCCCACUGCUUCCCCCCUCCAUGGAGUCCUGUGGGCUGUGUGUGGUGGUGGGGAGGGACACAGGACCCCAGCGGGGAUGGGGCACAGGAACCAUGGCCAGGACCUUUCCUCCACAUCAGUGAUGCCCACAGGAGCUCAGUGCUGGAAAACCUCAGCCCCUGAGCAUCCAGAGCAGAGCUGCUCCAGCCCUCACAGCAUCUCAGUGGCCUCCUCUGGACUCACUCCAACAGCUCCACGUCCCUCUUGUGUUGUUGUCCCAGAGCUGGAUCAGGACUGCAGGGGGGGUCUCC